UCGGCCCUAGCGGGCUGCAGCGCUCACAGCGAGCGUGGGCGCCACUGUAAACCGAGGGGCGGAGGUACUGUCCGCCUGCCCCGGCAGCCUCCCCACACGCUCCGCCCCCGGCGCCAGAGAGCUCGAACGGCAGUCGCGUUGAAGCGCCAGGCUAACCGGUGGGAGGAGGACGCCGGAGGUCGACGUGUGCUUCCCAGCCUUGCAGGAGAGCCUCGGCUUCAGCUUCUCCCGCUGUGUAACAGGUGUCAGGGCAUGGCUGCCCCGUCAGCCCGAGCCAGCACCCCUCACUGAAGGCCGAAGAUUCGCAGAAUGAGCACCGACACAGCUUCUCAACCACAGGCUGUGCACAGCCACUUGGAGAAGCCUUCUGGUGCUGCAGUCCUCUGCAAUAAUUGUGGAAAUCCAUGCAAAGGAGAAGUGCUAAGAGUGCAAAAGAAGUAUUUCCAUAUUAAGUGUUUUGUUUGCAAAGCAUGUGGAUGUGACUUGGCUCAAGGAGGAUUUUUUGUAAGACAAGGAGACUAUAUCUGUACUUUGGACUAUCAACGACUCUAUGGCACACGGUGCUUCAGCUGUGAUCAGUUUAUUGAGGGAGAAGUGGUUUCAGCACUGGGGAAAACCUAUCAUCCAAAUUGUUUUGUGUGUGUAGUUUGCAGACAGCCUUUUCCUCCUGGGGAUCGUGUAACUUUCAAUGGCAAAGACUGUGUCUGUCAAAAAUGUUCUCUGCCACCGACUGGUAGCAAUAGCAAUUUUCCAGUCCUCCGAAAUUGUGGGGACUGUGGCUCUGAAAUUAAAAAUGGACAGUCUUUGGUAGCUUUGGACAAGCAUUGGCACUUGACCUGUUUUAAGUGCAAGAUAUGUGGCAAACUUCUGAAUGCUGAAUAUAUCAGCAAAGAUGGUGUUCCAUACUGUGAAAUGGACUAUCAUGCUAAAUUUGGAAUAAGAUGUGACAACUGUGAAAAGUACAUCACAGGAAGAGUUCUGGAGGCAGGAGAAAAACACUAUCACCCAACUUGUGCACGAUGUGUCAAGUGCAAGCAAAUGUUUGCAGAAGGAGAAGAGAUGUAUCUUCAAGGGGCUUCCAUUUGGCAUCCAGCCUGUAGACAGGCAGCCAGAGCUGAAGAAAAGACCAAGUUGCAGGAAACUAGAACAUCAUCUGAGAGCAUAAUUUCAGUACCUGCUUCAAGUACUUCAGGGUCCCCAAGUCGAGUGAUUUAUGCAAAACUUGGAGAAGAAAUCCUUGAUUACAGAGAUCUAGCUGCUCUUCCUAAGAAUAAGGCCAUCUAUAACAUAGACCGUCCAGAUAUGAUCUCCUAUUCUCCAUAUAUCAGCUAUUUGACAGAUGACAGGCACAGUUAUGGGGAGAGUGACCAAGAUGACCGGUCUUUCAAACAGUACAGGAUAUCAAGCCCUAGUUCUACUGGCUCACUUGGGUAUGGUCGCCAUUCACCUCAGAAUUACAGCAGACCAGCUGGUACUCAGAAUCUUGGUACCAGUAGCUGCAUCUCCCUGCCCCAACACACAAGCCUUACAUCUACAUUCAGACAUCAUUACAUCCCUUUCUUCAAAGGCAGUGAAAGUGGUCGGAGCACUCCAAGUUUGUCCAUGUGUUCAGACAGCAAAUCUUCACCAUCUCUCUAUCAACAAGCACCUAGACAUUUUCAUGUUCCAGACCCUGGAAUAAAAGAUAACAUCUAUAGGAAACCCCCUAUCUACAAACAGCAUGCAUCGAGAAAAUCAGAUGAUGACAGCAGGAGUUGUGAUCAAGAUAGCAGAAAGCUUAAAUCCAGUUGGCUAACUUUGAAAGGGGAGAUGGAUGCUAGAACUAACUCUCCUGAUCUGGAUACUCAGUCGCUGCCACAAAGUCCUGGAACUGAUAGAGAGCUUCAGCGUUUGCACAACAAUGCAGACAGUGCCUACUUACGAUUUCCAUAUUCCAAAUCUGCUUCUCUUCCUGACUAUGGAAAGAAUGGAUUACACCAUGCUGCAAAUAUGGCCCAAUAUGGCACUGACCAGGAUGCUACUUGGGGAACAAGAGAAUACAAGAUCUAUCCAUAUGAAACACUUAUUGUAACAAACAGAGUUCGGGUGAAACUACCAAAGGAUGUGGAUAGAACCAGGUUGGAGCGGCACUUGUGCCCUGAACAGUUCCAGGAAGUCUUCAAAAUGAGCAUUGAACAAUUUGAGCGACUCGCACUUUGGAAACGAAAUGAGCUAAAGAAAAAGGCUCUGCUUUUCUAGCCUCCUGUAGACUAACUGCAAUGUGCUUAAUGAAAAGAAACUACUCUUGUCACAACUUGUCAUCUGCACCUGCUGUUGAUCCUUUGUCCAGCUUCAUUGUGUUAGGGGCACUGAGAAAAAAAGUGGGGAGAGAGAAAACAUGGCAUUUGCAUGACCCAGAGGAAUAUCUCAGUAGCUACUGGGUCUUUAAAAGAAUGUAACAAGCCUUGCUUUAAAUUAAUGAUUGCUUUAGCUAUUGCUUAUUGCAAAAAAGUAAUUUUAAAUAAGAAGGAACUGUAUAGUUUUGACAACAGUUCAGCUACCAUUUUGUUUCUACAUUUUGCACUAGUGAGCAAAACCUCAAUCAAAACAGAAUGAUGAAAAAAAUCUUCCCCAAGAGGAAAGUAUGCUACUUUGAAGCAAAUGUGAUAAAGGCCAAAGAGAAGCAUGUCAGAAAGUUACUCUUGCCAAUGUUUGUGUGUGAGACAUCUUUUAGGAAUAAAAGCAAACAUAAUAAAGCACUUUAAGUCUCAUUCUCUCACUAAAAUACAAGCUACUGUUUCAAAUGUAAAGUAGCAAAUGAAAAAUAUCUAUCAAACCUUUAUUUUAGUAAGAAUAGAUUGUAAUGUAAAUGUGUUCAGACUACUAUACAGGCAGUUCAACACCCAUUUUAGAUUCAGUACUUGAUUUUAAGUGCUCGAACUAUUUAGUGGGACAAAUUUCCCCUAAAUCUAAGUACUUUGGGUUAAACUCAGCUGGAGAUCAUGUAGAAAUUCAACCUUCACAUCACCAAAAAUAAGCAAAUUCUGUGGGAAAUAUCAUAAGGCUGUGCAAUUCUGAUUGUGUAUUUCUAUUUUUUUUCCUCAUUUCACUCUGGUACAAAGAAUGUGUAAUAGCAAUUCUAUGCACACUGUGAUGUCCACAUUA